AUGAAGCUGUUAAUUCUUUUGGUUGUGGUCGCGGUGGCGACAGCCCGUCCAGAUGAGAAAUACAGCAGCCGAUAUGACGACUUUGACGUAGACCAGCUGAAGGAAAACCCCAGACUAAUGAAUGCUUAUAUACUGUGUUUCCUUGGAGAGGGAAAGUGCACACCAGAAGGAAAUGAAAUUAACACAUGGAUUCCAGAAGCAGUCAACAAUACUUGUAAAAACUGUUCGGACAAGCAAAAAGUUCUCGUUGCCAAAAUGAUCAAGACCAUGAUGGACGACCAUGCUGAGGGCUGGGAGAAGCUUAAGAACAAAUAUGACCCAGAGAAUGUCCACGAAGACGAACUGAAACAGUUCAUUGGAGAACACCUCCCAUAA